AUGGCGUCGAUUUACUUGGGCUCAGUUCUGGGUGCUGUUGGGCACCUGGCGAACUUCGGCCAGCUUUCUGAAGUUGGUCUUUCCCGAGCCCUGCACCGGGAGAACAUGAACAUUGCCAAGGUGGCCCUACAGCAGGACUCCUUGGCCUUGCGGUUAGACCUUCUGGGCGCCUUGAAGGAGGACAUCCGUGACCACUAUGCGAACCACACAGGCCAGGUCGACACUCUGCCACUGGUCUCAGCACAAGUCUGA